AUGCAGCAGGGACUAUGGUGCUGCGUGUCACGGCUGCCGGGGGUCCCUGGUGAGCGCGCGGGUCCCUUGCAGGUCCCUCCCCGCGCGGAGGAGAUCACGAUCCCCGCGGACGUCACCCCGGAGAAGGUGCCCACUCACAUCGUGGACUACUCAGAAGCCGAGCAGACGGACGAGGAGCUGCGGGAGGAGAUCCACAAGGCAAACGUGGUGUGUGUGGUGUACGACGUCUCUGAGGAGGCCACCAUUGAGAAGAUUCGAACUAAGUGGAUCCCACUGGUGAAUGGGGGGACCACGCGGGGGCCCAGGGUGCCCAUCAUCCUAGUGGGCAACAAGUCAGACCUGCGGUCGGGGAGCUCCAUGGAGGCCGUGCUCCCCAUCAUGAGCCAGUUUCCUGAGAUUGAGACCUGCGUGGAGUGUUCAGCCAAGAACCUGAGGAACAUCUCAGAGCUGUUCUACUAUGCCCAGAAGGCUGUCCUGCACCCCACAGCCCCCCUCUAUGACCCUGAGGCCAAGCAGUUGAGGCCCGCGUGCGCCCAGGCGCUGACACGCAUCUUCAGGCUCUCAGAUCAGGACCUGGACCAGGCGCUCAGUGACGAGGAGCUCAACGCCUUCCAGAAAUCCUGCUUCGGGCACCCCCUGGCCCCGCAGGCCCUGGAGGACGUGAAGACGGUGGUGUGCAGGAACGUGGCGGGCGGCGUGUGGGAGGACCGGCUGACCCUGGAUGGUUUCCUCUUCCUGAACACGCUCUUCAUCCAGCGUGGCCGGCACGAGACCACAUGGACCAUCCUGCGGAGCUUCGGCUACAGCGACACACUGGAGCUGACGGCCGACUAUCUCUUCCCUCCGCUCCACGUGCCCCCCGGCUGCAGCACUGAGCUCAACCACCUUGGCUACCAGUUUGUGCAGAGGGUGUUUGAGAAGCACGACCAGGACCGCGACGGCGCCCUCUCGCCCGUGGAGCUGCAGAGCCUCUUCAGUGUGUUCCCAGCAGCCCCCUGGGGCCCCGAGCUCCCGCGCACAGUCCGCACAGAGGCCGGCCGGCUGCCCCUGCACGGAUACCUCUGCCAGUGGACCCUGGUGACCUACCUGGACGUCCGGAGCUGCCUCGGACACCUGGGCUACCUGGGCUACCCCACCCUCUGUGAUCAGGACUCGCAGACUCGCGCCAUCACAGUCACCCGUGAGAAGAGGCUGGACCAGGAGAAGGGACAGACGCUGCGGAGCGUUCUCCUAUGCAAGGUGGUGGGGGCCCGUGGAGUGGGCAAAUCUGCCUUCCUGCAGGCCUUCCUCGGCCACGGCCUGGGGCACCAGGACACGAGGGAGCAGCCUCCCGGGUACACCAUCGACACGGUGCAGGUCAACGGACAGGAGAAGUACUUGAUCGUGAGUGCUGGGGCGGCAUGGCCUGUGCCUGAGGGUGGAGCCAGGGUCACCCGGGCCUGCUUGGCAGAGCUGGCCCAGCACGGCCCUAGGGGGACCGAGCCCAGGGACCCUCCCUAAGGCCACUGUCUGUCCCAG